AAACCCCUCUUAACUCUUCACUCCCAAAACCCAAACCAUGUUCCUUCUUCACCGCCGUAUAUUCACCAAAGCCUCCUCCGUGCACCGCCGCCACUUCUCACAUUCCUCAGCGGCUGCCGUCCUCCACUCCCCGGAGCCGGAGCCGGAGCCGGCGCCCUUGAAGUACCUGGAAGGGUUUCCGAUUCCCGACCCGAAGUACGACGAGACAAUCCUUGCGAUCCCCCGCAGCAUUUCGGGGAAGAACAUCUCGGCGAAGGAGCGAAAGGCCGGUCGCGUUCCGAGCAUCGUGUUCGAGCAGGAGGACGGCCAGCACGGCGGCAACAAACGCCUCAUCUCCGUUCAAACCAACCAGAUCAGGAAGCUCGUCAACCACCUCGGUCGAUCCUUCUUCCUCGCUCGUCUCUUCCACCUCGAGGUUCGCUCCCAAUUUGACUCCGACGACGUCGUUGAGAGCGUUCGGGUCUUGCCUCGCAGGAUUCAUUUGAAAGCUGGUACAGAUGCACCGUUAAAUGUAACCUUUAUGAGGGCUCCAUCACAUGCUUUGUUGAAAGUUGAUGUUCCUCUUGUAUUCAGAGGAGAAGAUAUAUCCCCUGGACUGAAGAAAGGUGCUUUUUUGAAUACCAUCAAAAGGACUGUCAAGUAUCUAUGCCCUGCAGACAUUAUUCCCCCAUAUAUUGACGUGGAUUUAAGUGAGUUGGAUGUGGGCCAGAAGUUGGUUAUGGGAGAUCUCAAUGUUCACCCUGCAUUAAAACUUCUUCACGAAAAAGAUGAAGCUGUUUGUAAAAUUAUGGGCCAAAGGGUUUCUGAACAACAAAAGAAAUCUAAGUAACUGCUUUUUGUAUCUUUGGUGGUUAUUACUGCUGCACUGAAGCAUUUUAUAGCUAACAUAUAUCAUUUUGGCCAUCCUAUUAGUUGAUUCUUUGCAGCAGUGAAGGACCCGUUUAUAGAGUUCCAAUGUUUGGUUUUUGUCAACCUCCUUUUCUGUGCCGAUUCAGUUCCUUCCCAUCUUUCAAUUCUCUGUUUCUUCCAUUUUUUUUGGCAAAAAUUAAUAUAUGGGGGAUGAGAAUUGGAAGUUGAUGCGUUGAGUUUAUGUAUGCAAUUAGAUGUCCCUGUUUUGGGCUAUUGGAUACAAGCAGAGGGUUAUCACUGAUAUCCUCAUGUCCUUAAUAAAUAGUUCAGUGCGCCUGUCUAAGACUCCAGUUUGAAUUUAAGAUAUCUGACAGUUUACAACAUCACUCAUUUUGCAUUCAAAGCUUGACAUUCAUGUGGAAGUAAUUUACUGCGGUAAGCACGAGUUAGCCAAAACUCUAUUAGAAGUAAAGUAAAAAUUCUCUAUCAGCCUUCUAUGUUUUCUAGAUUAAGUUCUUUUCUUAGUACUGCAUAGCAAAGAAAUCGAGCAGAAGCAAAUGU